GCCCAGGGAGGUUGUGAUGGGUUGACAGGUGCGUGACAAUCGGAGCUCUCUGCAAGCAUGUACGCCAAAGGCAAAAGCAGCAACGUGCCGUCCGACAGCCAAGCCAGAGAAAAGUUAGCUCUGUACGUGUACGAGUACCUGCUGCAUGUAGGAGCACAGAAGUCAGCACAGACCUUCCUUUCAGAGAUCCGAUGGGAGAAGAACAUCACAUUAGGAGAACCUCCGGGGUUCCUCCACUCAUGGUGGUGCGUGUUCUGGGACCUGUACUGUGCAGCUCCAGAGAGAAGAGACACAUGUGAACACUCCAGUGAGGCCAAAGCCUUCCAUGACUAUAGUGCUGCAGCAGCUCCAAGCCCUGUCCUUGGGAACCUUCCCCCAGGAGAGGGCAUGCCAGUGGGACCAGUUCCUCCAGGAUUUUUUCAGCCAUUUAUGUCACCCCGAUACCCUGGAGGACCCAGACCCCCCCUCAGAUUACCCAACCAGGGUCUUGGAGGAGUCCCAGGGAGCCAGCCUAUGUUACCCAGUGGAAUGGACCCCACAAGACAGCAAGGACAUCCAAAUAUGGGAGGACCGAUGCAGCGGAUGACUCCACCCAGGGGCAUGGUACCACUCGGGCCCCAGAACUAUGGAGGCGGGAUGAGACCACCACUGAAUGCGCUUGUUGGUCCUGGGAUGCCUGGCAUGAACAUGGGACCUGGUGGGGGAAGACCCUGGCCAAAUCCUCCAAACUCAAACUCUACCCCUUACUCUUCUGCAUCUCCAGGAAGUUAUGUGGGUCCACCAGGAGGAGGGGGACCACCAGGGACACCAAUAAUGCCAAGUCCAGCAGAUUCAACCAACUCUGGUGACAACAUGUACACGAUGAUAAACACAGUCCCUCCUGCUGGAAGUCGACCAAAUUUCCCUAUGGGUGCAGGAGGAGACGGCCCGUUAGGAGGCAUGGCUGGAAUGGAGCCUCAUCACAUGAAUGGAUCAUUAGGGUCAGGUGAUAUGGACAGUCUCCCCAAGAACUCUCCUGGUAACCUGAGUAUGAGUAACCAGCCUGGGACCCCCAGGGAGGACGGAGAGAUGGGAGGAAACUUCCUAAACCCUUUUCAGAACGAAAGUUAUUCUCCAAACAUGACAAUGAGCGUCUGAAGGCCUCAGAAGCAGGUUUGGUUAACCGCUCAGUAAGAUGGUGUGGAUCUGUGGAAAGCAGAGAGACUGGAUAUGAUGUCAUCAAGACCAGUGACUCCUCCCUCCUCCGCCACCACCUGACGAGUCAGGACAGUUACCCCAGUCCCCGUCUUUCUUCAACCCCGCCCCUCAAACCACCCCAUCUGCUGUUUCUCUCCACAUCUCCUGUUUCUUCUACGUGGUGACUCUGAUACAUCCAUCAGUUCUUCCUCUGCAACUUUAAGACUGUACAAAAUAACCAAAUUGAAAUGACCCAGAGGAGAACUCUUUGUAUAUUUCCAUACGGUGUGUAAGAGACUGAGCACACACUCCAGUCACAGACAGACGUCUCUGCCUUCUGCAUCAUAUCAUGGAGUUCAUGCCCAAAACAAAAGGCCAGUAUCCUAUUUAUUGUACAAAUUUUAAAGGACUUGAAGAGAUAUUGAUACUUUUUUGAUCUAUGAAUAAUGUUAUAUGACUGGCUGUUAAGUGGAUCAUCUCUUUUCUUUUACUGACCAAAAGUUGUUUCCAUUACUGGAAGGUUUGGAGCGAAGUCACAAUCAGGUUAUCCCGAGAUGUAUUUGAGGCUUUCUUGUAAGAUAUUUGCCUUUAACUUGAUGCUUUUUUAAAUGUUUGAGGUUGUUUUAAUCUAGCACUAAUCUAGCCCUCGUCUUCAGAUGUUUUCAUGGCUUUCUAAGGCAUGAAGGGCCUCUUAAAAUCAGCCCUUUGUAACAUUUUCUAUAAUUUGCAGAAAGGCUUCGGCAAAAUUCAAAAUAUUUAGCCGAACAUUUUUUCAGUUCCAAAGCAGAACUAUUUUGUAGCUGACAGUAGGAUGGUUUGGAUUUUUAAAGGUAUAAUAUGCCGUUUUAUGAGUAGAUGUUGAGUUGAUGUCGUACUUUAGCACCAAUCUCUCAGACCAAAACAAAGCAGUCCCUCAGCGCUCCACUUUCCCUCUCCCCUGCAACUCCUUCAUGUUCUGACCAAGUGCAGCUCUUUGUCAGUGUGAUCUCCAUUCGGAUAGUCGCCAACGCUGAGGUAUGUUAGCCCAAACAAAAUAUCUUACAGUAUCUGGACUGUCGGUUGGCCCUCCUUAAGUUUAUCCUCCAACAAAACUACGCCAUUAUGUUUCAAUACACAGUACACUUUAGAUCUCUUUCUUUGGUUGGAGGGCUAACAGUUGGUGAUAGAGAGGUUUAAGUGGAAAAAACAUCUGAAACAUGUUUGAGCCUCUGAGUGAAACAUAAACAAGCUCAAGGAAACUUAGUCCUGUCACUGUGAAUACAGAGUUGCAAACAACAAACCCAACCGGAGUUUUACUUUCUAUUAGAGAAAGUCAUAACACAAGCAUAUGUUUAAUAAGAUACAUGUGAUAUCUGCUAUAUUAAAUUGUGAAAUGCUGCAUAUUAUACCUUUAAUUAUACUGCAACAGAGUUCAACUUUAAAAGUAGCUCCAUUAGAGUAGUAUCUAGCUAAAGUUCAUUUGCAUUCAAUUAACAUUAGCAACUUAAAGCUACAGAUCAUUUUAAAGGAAGAAAGUCUGUGAAAGUAAAUUUCCAUGAGUAUUUGAUUUAGUAGUGACCAGUUUCAUGCAUAUUGAGCUCUAUCAUAGCCCCUAGGAGGGGCGUCAAAGAUGUCGAACAGGGGGGUGCUGUCAAAGUUGGAUGUACAAAUACUUUUUUGUAAACCCUGAUUAGAAACAUAUUGGAGCCAACCUAAAAGAUAAAAAAAAAAUAGGAGAAUCCAUUCAUUCAUGUGAAAAAUUCAAAAUUUGUGGAAAAAAAUCCAAAUUUUUGAGAUUAUAAAGUUGUGUAUUUGCAAAGUUUGAAAAGUCAGAAAUUUGCAUGAAAAGUAAAUUGAAAUUUCUAAGCUCAAACGUCUUAAAUUUUGACACUAGAAACUCAAAAAAAUCAUUUUUUUCAGAUCAUAAAUAUAUAAAAGUGUACAGUAAAAAAAACACAAGAAACCAAACUGAAAAGAGAGGUUGGAGUUUUCAACUUUUAGACUUUAUAGUCUCAAAAAUUUUACAUUUUAGGUCAUGUCCUGUACGUUUACUACUUUUAAGGGAAAAAAAAUCAUUUUUUCUUAUAACUUAAUGACUUUUUAAACUUGUAAAUUUCCAUUUUUUCCUUGAAAAUGAACAGAUCCUCUUGAUUAUUUUUUUCUAGAAUGGCUCUAAUACACCAUCAUAAUAAUGGAUGGUUUAUACAUAGGUCUUUUGUCAAGAGCAAAUUUAUGCAGGCCUAAUAUGUUGGGUUUUUGUCUAUGAAAAUUAUAGUAAUGAUGUUUGACUGUUUAAGUAAGUCUUGGGGGGCUUAGCUUUUCUUUGAUAUGGGUUGGGGGGCCCUUAAGAAAAAGGUUGGGAACCACUGGGUUAAAGGAAGAUCGCCAUCUUCUAUCAAAGUCUUUUUGUAAUGCUUUAAAUCUGAUUAGCAGAGAGCAAGGGAUUUUUAAAAAUGCUGGUGCACACCAGAAACUAUCCUACUACUAUUUAUCGAACGUGGUGGAAUUACCAAUAUCAAACAGCUUUCUCAUGUGCACACCCUAUAUUGUCUUGUAAGCAACUUUGCAAAGCGGAUGGAUUGGCCAGAUUUCAUAUUUCUCCUCAAGCAGAGCCGUCUUGCUAAGCUAAGCGGAAAUGUUUGUUCCCAAUCUAAAAAAUGACUGCACCAGAGUCAUUUAAGAAUAAAGAGGCGGUAACUGUACUGGCAUGGUUGAGUUGAAGCGACUGCAAGCCUCUAAAUAAUGGCGGCUGGUGAACAGAUCAGUGUGGAUGUAGCUAUACCAACAGUUUUAUCAAAACUUUAUUAAAACUAGAGCAAAGAACCACACUCAAAGACUUUCUUGGGGGUAAAGAAGUUUGUUUCUCUUCUCAUGGCAAGAAUUUAAUUUACCAACUGAAUCCAGUGAUAGUGGGUCAUGUAUUUUUAAAAGGUCAUGGAUAUGUAAAGGCUAGCAGAAACGCUCUCAUGCACAUGUCACACCUCCUCAUGAACACUGGGUAGUUUUUCUUGCGCAUCUAAAGCGUAAUUUUUUAUUUUUAUGCCUAUGCCCCCAUAGGGGCUUUUCAGAUCAGACCGCUCAAUGAAAUUAAAAAGGAAAUAGUGGUCAGUAAACAGUAGAGGAAGGGUUUCACAAUUCUGUUUUUAUUGUUAAAGCUUUGAUGCAAUUCAACCUGCAAGACUUUGUGAGUGUUUUCAUUUGAGGGUUUUUUGCUCUCCGCUGACUGCAACUGUACAGGUUAAAGUGAAGUUUCAGGAGGGCAGAAGUUUGUGUUUGUGUUUGUAUGUUCAGUGGGUUUUGUUUGCUGCCUCCUCUCAUCUCUUUUUUAAGCCUCAAACCAAACGAUUUAUCAGUUUUAGAGGGUAAACGCUCAGACACAAGCUAAUACAGUCACACUGGUCACUCAUCCUCUCUUGUCAUCCGGAUAAACUGUGAUCUCAUUGUGAUUUGAAAGGUCAUUUGGUACAAAAAGCUUGUUUUUAAUCAAUGUUUUUUUUUCACUGCCCAGGAUGUAUUAUCAUUGUGUACAAAAGGUCGAUACUCCUGUGAACAUUCUCCCUCCCCUUCUCUGACUGCAAAGUGUACAGCUCACAAUGUAGCUCCUCUGUCUUGUAUGUGUGUUUGAUAAUAAUAUUAUUUAAAGAACAACUUGGAGAGAAUUAUCGCAAAAAGGAGGGAUGGACUGAAAAUGAACCAUCAAAACUGAACCAAGAUUUUUUUUUUUUUUAAUUCUUUUUAUUUUGUGUUAGAUUGAAGCCAUAAGUGGGAGUACAAGAAGACACAUUUGUAAAUUGGAUCAUGUUUUCUGUUUUGUGGCAGUAUACAAGACUCCAUUUGUGAUGUGUUCAUUUUCUCUUUUGUAUUAUGUUUUUGUAAAUACACAGAGAAGUAUUUCAUGGGUUUUGAAUA